AUGACUAGAACAAAUAAAUGGACUGAACGCGAAUCAAAAGCUAAUCCAAAGUACUUCUCACACACUGGUAACUACGGUGAAUCCCCAAAUCACAUCAAAAAACAAGGUUCCGGCAAAGGUAACUGGGGUAAGCCAGGUGACGAGAUCGAUGAUUUAAUUGACAGUGGUGAAAUACCUCCAGUAUUCAAGAAAGAUAGAAGAGGGUCAAACUCUCAAGCACAUGAACAGAAGUUCGAAAACACCCAAAAGGAAUAA